UAGGGUCUCGCUGUAGAGAAUGCUUCAAAUCCUUCUCGUUAUCUCAUCUGUAGCAGAAACUCGCUAAUCUGUGCUCAUAUUGCGAAAGCGAAUCGGAUUGCUUACGAUCCCUUGGCGAUAGGGACCGUGUGAUUGAGUUCGAAUAUCUCAGUAACAGGAGGCCUCCAAAAGCCAGAAGCUAAACCCCAAAUACGGUUGUGACCUGUACAGUACAAGCAACUACUUAGUACUAUCAAUUGCUUCAAUCUUUUGGGGAAAGGAAGCUCACCACAGUUUUGCAGUACAUAUGUGAUAAAUCGAAUGAAGCAAUCAAAGGAUCCGUUUGAAGCAGCAUUGGAGGAGCAAGAGGAAUCACCACCUGAUUCCCCGGUUGGUCAGGAUGAGUUGAACAGCCAAACUCCAAUUGAAACCCAGAACCAAACUGUUGUUGGACACAAUAUUCUUGUAGAUGAUGAUGAUUAUGAUGACAUUGGCACCAACAUUGAUAAUCCCUCUCACCCAUCAUCCAGUUCAACUCCUAUGUUGCUCUCCACUAGUGUUAACGCUAAUGUUGCUGCUGCUGCUGCUGUCACCAGUAAGAACAAAGAAUAUGAUGAUGAUGAAGAGGAGGAAAAUGUGGACGUUGAGCUUAGCAAGUUCCCUUCUAGUGCUGACCCUGCUAAAAUGGCCAAGAUGCAGGCCAUUUUAUCACAAUUCACGGAGGAUCAGAUGAGUAGAUAUGAAUCUUUUAGGAGAUCUGCACUUCAAAAGUCUAACAUGAGAAGGUUGUUGGUAAGCAUCACUGGAAGCCAGAAAAUUUCUUUACCAAUGACCAUUGUUGUGUGUGGGAUAGCAAAAAUGUUUGUUGGUGAACUUAUUGAGACAGCUAGAAUAGUCAUGACGGAGAGAAAAGAAUCUGGACCAAUCAGGCCUUGCCACAUCAGAGAAGCAUAUAGAAGAUUGAAGCUUGAAGGCAAAGUGCCUAAGAGAUCAGUGCAAAGGCUCUUUCGCUAGGUGGAUCAAGAAACAAGCUUGUUCAACAUUUAUCAGGUGUUUUACCUGUUACAUGGUUUGCAAAUCUGACAACACUUACGUAAUUUCUUUUCAAUCUUAUGUUACCUUUCGUCCUUUCUUCUUUUCAGUGUAGAGGUAGUUUGAUGCUUGUAGGCUAUAAAGCCACUGGCAGGUGGAUAGAAUUAAUGUUUGUUUUAUGUUUGUGUUAUACUGUGGAUGUCCAUUUUUGUUCAGCUCCAAAACCUUAAGUACAACAGAGACAGUUUGCAAAAAGUGAGGGCUAUUCAGGCCCAUUUUCUUGAUCAUAAGAGCUUUGAAAUUUGAAAUUUAUUGAUGUUGCCAUUGCUUAUGAUUUCAAUCUGAUGCUCACUGGAUAACAGUUUUUAGGGGGGCUUUUCCCCUACUGGGAAUGAAGCAUAUGUUAACUUUGUUUGUUGGAAGAAACUCGUCAUUCUGUAGCACUGGCCGCUA